AUGUUAGGUGACCAAGCGCGUGUCGGAGCUCGCGUCGGAGCCAGGCGGAAGGAAAUCGCCGAAGCGUUCAUCUAUUUAGCAGGUUGCACGUUUAGUACCGCGAGGCGUGGAGAGGCCAUGGCAACGUGUGGCGAGGCGGACGAAGGGCCGCUGUUCUGCAAGCGGCUGCGAGAGGAAGAAGAUGACCACGUGUGUUUUUUUUAG